CUGGGCGAUAACAAAGGGUGGUGAAAAUGGAAUUAUUUUUUUGUAUGUGUGUAAUAUUAUUUGAAACGCUAACUGAAAAGUAUAACGAAAGGCUUGCUGCUUUUAGGGCGCAAUUUGUAAAUUUAACUACAUAAAUGGGCUCACGUCAACUGCACUUUGCCGUAUUUGGCUCAUGCGGCUUCGAGUCGGACACGCUGGUGGAGAUUUCGGGCACCGGGAACAGUGGCAAAAGCCUGGUGCUCCAACAGUUGGUGGCCCACUGCUUGGCGCCCUACAAAUUCGGUGGUCGCCAGUGGAACGUCCUGCUGAUCAAUCUGAGUCACAAAAUCAACCGGGAAUCUCUGACCAAGAGCAUUCAAAUGGAACUGAAGGCGUACUCUGUGGGUGAAGUGGUCGCUGAGAAUUGCCCCACGGAGCAGCAGCUGGCCGAGAUUGCCGCCGAGUGCGUGGGUCGCGUACGAUUCCUCAACUGUUUCUCCAAUGAUGAUGUUUCCACCUCGUUAAUCGACGCCCGCUAUGCGAUCAUCAAUGAUCCUGGCAUACAACUGGUUGCCAUGGACACACUCAGCGAAUUCUACUGGCUGGACGAGCUAAAGUUAAACAAGAGAAUGUCCAUGUAUCGCCACUAUCGUUUGCUCCUGGCGCGCCUGGAGAAGCUCUGCAAGGACGCCAUCGUCUGCGGAAUGUACACGGUGCAGUCUGCCUUCCUGGAGAACCGCUUCGGCGAUAACCUGCCCGAGACUUGCAUAAAGUACCAUGUCAGGAUGCAGAAGAUUCAAAACCAGAUCCUCCUCAAUGGACUGCCGCUGUCCUUUAGCAAUGGUCUUCAUUUAGAUACCAAAUGCAGCUAACGUAGAAGUUAGAUAGGAACUAUUUACUUAGGAGACCUGCAAACACCUAGUUUAAUUAAUAUUACUCAUUUUCUGCAAGGAUCCUAACAAGGAUAACUAGUUCAAACAUGAAAGCUGAAAGGAAACGCUCAAGAAAAGGUCGCUUUUAUGACUUAUUCCAUUCAGUAAUAUAUUUAAUAUUAUAUAUCAGUAAUAUUAUCUUAAUUAAAAAAAAUACAACAGUUCUUUAAAAUUGUGUUGAAACCUUCACUAUGUUCUUUUUUGU